CAAUUUGAUAACGAAAACUGCGUGCUAAUAAAUGAUGCGAACUGCUGUUGGCGGAGUCAUUAAAAUGAUGCGUCAUUUUGUUGCAUUUUCACUACUGUUAUUCGUUUUGGAAAAACCAGUCGAGGCGAUUAAGUUGCCGCGUAAUGCAGUUUGCCUCGGUUACGGUGAUCAUGCGUGCAGAGCACGUUGCUUGAAACAAAAUUGCCAAAACGGACACUGCAAAUCUGUAAGACUUGGAUUUGGAAAACAUUAUGUACCUUCAAUCCUGAAAUGUGUCUGUGAGGAUUGUCCCGCUGAUCAACAGAGGAAGGAACAGCUUCAUUGAACAGAUGCACACGUCUUUUGAGUUUAUUGCGCAAAACACCAGUAUGAAGUUAUUAU